UUGCUGGGCGCAGACCGGGGGUCGUACUUCACCCAGGGCGGCCAGCCCGUCGGGGCGGCGGAGUGGUGCGGUAAGCUGCUCUCGGGUCUCCACGUUGCGAUCUUCUACUCGGGCGACUCUGACUACUGGCACGAGCGGAUUCUGUUGUGGCCUGCCAGUGCUGACCUACCCCCUCGGAGAUGGUUCGUGGCCACGCCCGACGGUGACGUGUACGCCGAGCCGAUCAGGGUGGGCAUGGGCUGGGGUUCUCGCUUUGUCAUCGUGGACUCCUCGGGCGGCAAUGCGGUCAUCCCUGCGGGAACGCUGUAUGCCUUCGAGCCGUUGCCGAGCGAUGACGACCUCGCUCAGUACAUCACCGAGGCCAUAGAGGAAGCAGCGCUGGACGGGCUCCGCAUCGCCUCUCAGGACGAGCUGAAGUACCUUCGGCGUGGCGGACAGGAGGUGCUGCUGGGGGACCUGGUGCCGCUCCCGCCCCCGUUGCCGGCGGCCGUCCCUGUGGUGGAGGUGCCUCCGAGUGAUCACGGAGGCCCACCUGCCUCAGGAGACACGGCUCAGCCUGUGCAAGGGACGGACACGCCACGCGGCCGCCACGUUCCCGAGCCUGGGCGUGUCUGGGUCAGCCUCGAGACGGUGCCUGGCCAGAUCGCCCGCGAUGACGAGGUGAAGCUCAGCGAGUCCGCCUUGAUCGAUGACGACCGCGCCAUCCAUGUCCUGCCCAGUGGUAAGCGUAUUGCCGUGCGGUUGGCCGACCUUCCUGUGGAGCCACUGCUUGACGAGUCGGGCCUGGGAGACGCCAGAGCGCUCGGGCCGUUGCGCUACGACUCCCAUGGGCAGCGCCAUCUGGACUAUCGCACGGGUGUUCUGGAGCUCCGCGAGGAGGCCUUGGACGCGUUCCCGCUGAAGGGUGAACGAUCGUUCUUGUGGCUCCAGCGGUACAUCACCGAGCAUGGCGGCACGCCUGACGGCCGACACACCAAGCACCUCACGGAGGAGUCUCUGCAGCCCGACAGCACGGCGGGCCACCUCCACGACUUGCUGGGGCUUUCCAUGUUCUUGAGCGUGGUGUGCGACCAGGGCCUUGAGUACUACAUCGGGCGCGACCAGGGCGGCGCCACUCGGUGCGGCAUCGCCGUGGCGCCGGGGCUGGCGCGCCACGCGACCGAUCAGUUGGCAAAGGAGGUGUGGAUCGCCAAGCAGCGCCGUAAGUUCAGGGAGGGGCAGGCGGCGAAGCGCGGCGAGGGUAGCCACAACAACAACAAGCACAAGGGCAAGGACAAG